CUCAAUUUAAUUGAAAAUAUUAAACAUAAUCUUAAUUAUCUUACAAUUAGUAUACAUGAUAAUAAUGGACAUAAUUCAAUUAUAUUACAAAAAUUAGGAAAAAUCAUUCCUUUAAAAUUAGAAUAUUUACAUUUGUAUCUUUAUUAUAUUAAAGCAUAUGAUUUUGAAGUAUUUCUAAAAAGUUCUCAAGAUACAUUUACUAAGAAAUUAUUGAUAAGUAACAUUACUAAAGGUCAAGAUAUUUUACCCUCUAUAAAAACAUAUAUCAUGAAAAAGAGAAGGGUUAAGUAUUUGGCUAUUAAUGGUGCUUUAUUUAGAUCUGAAUUCGUUAGUGAUGAAUUGUUUUCAUUGGAAGACGAAGUGAAGGAAUUUAUGUUGUAUGAUAUUAAAGUGAAAAGUUAUUAUGGUUUAGCGAUUAACAUGGAUGAUUUUAUGAAGGAAGUUAUUUAAUUAUUUAGUAAUAAUAAUUGAAAAAAAUAUUAGAUAUGAAUAUUCUUUU